AAACAAGUUUGAGAAGCAUCAUCAACAAAAUCAAUAGCUGCGAUAAUUGAUAAUGACAGAAUAAUUAUUAUAAUGAAUCAUCAUAUUGUGUGGAGAUUUUAAUCAAUUUCGGAGUGAUUGAGUCGAGUGACAAAAAAAAUGUCGAAUAAAAAUAAGGGAUUGUGUUCUGUGAAUUUAAUGCAUUGUGUUUUAGUUAUUGUGUUCUCAAUCGAAGUAGUGAACUCCUUGACAGACCCAGAGAUAAUUCCAAGAAGCCAAUGGUAUGCCAAACCUCCCAAAUCCAUUCAACCGAUGGAGAAUCCAGUGCCGUACGUAGUUAUCCAUCAUAGCUACAUGCCACCAGCUUGCUACAAUUUAGAGGAUUGCAUAGGAGCAAUGCAGUGGAUGCAAGAUUUGCACCAAAUAAACAACAGCUGGGUGGAUAUAGGAUACAGCUUCGCAGUGGGCAGCGAUGGACGGGCGUACGAGGGUAGAGGGUGGUCCAGGGUAGGAGCCCACGCACCCCAUUUCAACAACAAAAGCAUCGGAAUAUGCGUCAUAGGAGACUGGAGAGAAUAUCUUCCUCCUGAGCAGCAACUCGCCACCGUCCAUCAGUUGAUCCAGAUGGGCGUGAGAGAGGGGAAGAUAGCGCAGGACUACAGGCUGGUGGGUCACAAACAAGUCAGAUACGGAACGGCGUGUCCGGGCAAUAAGCUCUACGACGAGAUCAAAACUUGGACGAAUUUCUACAACUGCAGUCCCGACACUGUACCUGAGCUCAGGACAGAGGCGGCGCCGAAAGAGGCGGCGGUUAGCGAAGCCACGCCUAGCAACGACACGCCCAGUGACGACAAGCCCAGUGAUGAUCCGCCCAGUGACGACAAGCCGAGUGAUGACCAGCCCAGUGAUGACGUGGAUGCUGAGAAUCGGUUACGAAAGAGGGCCCCGUCUGUUGUGUAUUGA